CUCUAUACCGCACUGUCGUUUUCGUUGCUUUGCCCAACGCUGCCGUUAUUAUUGCUGUUUUCUUUGUCUUCACCGUCACCGCUCAACACGGUGUUGUAUUUUUCAUCGAACUUUUUCUUUAUACGAUUAUAAACCAUGACCGUUGUCAAGAUUCCGUCGGAGACCAUCAAAGAGUGUGGACAAUGUGCAAUCAAAUUUGCUGAACAUAUUAACCAGAUAAAAUCACGCCGUCAGGCUAUACGUGACGUCAUCUACAUCGUAUUCAUAUUUGUUGCUGGGGUUGUCGGCAUCGCAUUGUUGUCCAGAUUCUAUUGUGAAAAAAGUACAUUGAAACUUAACUUUGAGAUUAAAGGCGAUACUCAGCUGUACGAAUAUUAUAUUUCUCACGUAGACGCUGAGAGUGAAAUGCUACUGUCCUCUCUUCUGGACAACAAUGGCAAACAUUUCUUUGAAUUGAACACAACGAUCGAAUUCGUCGACUACAUUCAAGACUCUUGCCUUAUGUGCUUAGAACCCGAGGUUCGUGUCAUACAUGAUUUCCAUGGCAACCUCACAAGUAUUAUCAACAACAAAAAACGAUUUUGCCACAUCAUGCCAAUUAUACGCACAAUAUUGACUCCACCCAUAUCAAUUUCUGAUUUGAAGAUCAAAAUUACCAGCCACUAUUACGCCACAGAGUUCGAGAAGUCCAUGCGUAAUACGUAUUUGAUCAAACCUUCAGUUAAUGAUCUAUCUGCUUAUGGUGAAUACAUUCCUGAAACCUGUGCCGACUAUGACACCUUUAAAAUUAUGAAAUAAAUUUAGACCACUACAGACAUGUAAACUCUCUUAUCAUUUAUUAAUUAACAUUACAAACAUGAAAAUUAUAUAUUUAUCUUUAAUUUUAAUUUUUUUUAUAUAUGUCUAAUUAAAUGAUUUUUGUGUUUCGAUCCCUACUUAGCCGUGAUCUAUUGUUGGGUUGAAACAUUGCUUUAAAUGCCAAACUAUCCAAAAAAUACCUUCUCCUACUUUUGAUACUUGUUCAUAUGAUUACAUAUACAGUAAAAAGUUUCAACAGUCUGAUGUUUCAUUAAAUAUUUUUCAAAAUUGUUAUUAUAACCAUAUAAUACAUUUUUU